ACGAGCGUGUGGGUAAUGGCUUUCUUGAAAGAUACAACAUUAUCUUGAUUACUUUCAACGGAAACAGGGCUAAAGUUCUGUUUUCUUUCUUUUUAUUUUGUACUGUGAAAAUGACUGGAUUGUCGGAAAAGUCGAUUUUAAUUGAUGGUCGUGGCCAUUUGUUAGGUCGCUUAGCGUCCGUAAUUGCUAAACAACUUCUCAACGGAAAAAGUGUAGUAGUCGUACGAUGUGAGGAUCUACAGCUAUCGGGACAUUUCUUCCGAAAUAAAAUUAAAUUCUUGGCUUAUUUACGGAAACGUUGUAACGUUAAUCCGGCUAGGGGACCAUUCCAUUUUCGCGCACCUAGCAGAAUGUUGUGGAAAGGUGUGCGCGGUAUGGUUCCCCACAAAACAAAAAGAGGACAUAACGCAUUAAGGCGUCUCAAGGUAUAUGAAGGAAUUCCACCUCCAUAUGACAAACAAAAACGCUUAUGCGUUCCUAUCGCCAUGAGACAACUUUGUCUGCGCCCAGAUAGAAAGUACUGCGAUGUCGGUCGUGUUGCUCAUGAGGUUGGUUGGAAGUAUCGCGAAGUUGUCAAUAAUUUGGAAGCGAAGAGAAAAAUCAAGUCACGUUUGAUGUUCUUGCACAAGAAAAAACUUAAGAAACUUACAUGGAAAGCUCGUACCACUGUAACUGAAGAAACCAAGCACCAGGAUGUCGUUCUUCAGAAUUACGGAUACCUUACAUCCGAAUUUCAGAAGAAGUGGAGCAGGCCAGUUUUAAACACUAAAUUAACCAGGCUUGGAAAGAAGAAACGCCAAGCUGCCGCUAGUGCUUUCUAAAUGCAGUAAUACAUAUUGUUCACAUAUAACGGAUUCAACAGAAUAAACGUUAUUGAUCCAAUUAA